AUGGCAGAAAGCACUGUUGCCUUCUAUUUAGAGAAGUCGAGCAACUUGGUUUUACAGGAAGCUUCUAUAUUUGGGCAAGUAGAAGGCCAUAUAAAGUUGCCGAGCAACGGGCUGGAGUGGAUGCGCCUCUUCUUGGUGAUAAAGAUGAGAGAGAGUGAGCUUGGCGAGAAGCUUUGUGAAUACCUGAAGGAGAAGAAGUACUUGAUAGUCAUGGAUGAUGUACGGAGCAGUGAAGUUUGGAGUCGCUUGCGCUUACAUUUUCCUGAGGCCAAGGAUGGGAGCAAAGUUUUAAUCACUACUCGUAAUAAAGAAAUCGCUCUGCAUGCCACUUCACAAACAUUUAUCUAUGAACAUCGUCUCAUGAAUGAUGAGAAGAGUUGGCAGUUUUUUCUCAAAAAAACAUUUCAAGGAACAAGCACACCUCAUACUCUAAGUAGGGAGUUAGAGGAACCGGGAAAGAAAAUUGUGGCAAAAUGCAAAGGUUUGCCUCUUGCGGUUGUGGUCUUAGGAGGCUUACUGUCCACAAAAGAGAAGACAAAACCAUCAUGGGAGAAAGUGCUUGCAAGUAUAGAGUGGCAUCUAGAUCAAGGCCCUGAAUCGUGCAUGGGAAUUCUUGCUUUAAGUUACAAUGACUUGCCCUAUUACUUGAAGUCUUGUUUUCUAUAUUGUGGGAUUUUUCCAGAGGAUUCUGAGAUUGAGGCAAGUAAGUUGAUCCGUUUGUGGCUGGCUGAAGGCUUUAUACAGAGAAGGGGAAAAGAAACACUGGAAGACAUAGCCGAAGACUACAUGCACGAGUUGAUCCAUAGAAGUUUGAUUCAAGUAGCUAAACGAAGGGUAGAUGGAAGAGUGAAGUCUUGUCGCAUGCAUGAUCUCCUUCGAGACUUCGCUAUUUCAGAGGCCAAGGAUGCAAAUUUUUUUGAGUAUACCAUAUUCAAUUUGGAAAUUGCAGCAAUUGAGACAUCUAAAUUGUUGGAAUUGCAAGAUUUCUAG